AUGACCACAGUUCUGAAGACAACCGCGCUCGGCGAGAUCCGGGGUAAAACUGGCGAUGGAGUGGUGCAAUACCUCGGGAUCAAAUACGCCACGCUGCGGAAUAGACUGGCAGAAGCAGAGCUCGUAGAACGGCGGGAUGAUGGAGAGGUCCUCGAUGCUACAAAAGACGGGCCAGCUACGCCGUCGAUCACAAUCGGGUGCGACCUCGAACAGGGUGCCAUCCAACAUACCCUCCCCAAGAAGGACAUUCCUCAGUCGGAUCUCGACUGUCUGAACUUGAAUAUUACCGUUCCCAAGGGCACGACACCGGCAUCGAAACUGCCGGUCUUCCUCUUCAUCCACGGCGGUGGAUUUGUUUUGGGCGCGAAUUCCUGGCCUCAAUUUGACUACGCGCGGCUGGUCAAGCUGUCGCAGGAAAAGGGAUAUCCCAUCGUCGCUGUGUCGAUCAAUUAUCGUUUAGGCGUCUUUGGGUUCCUGACAUCAGAGGAGCUGCGCAAUGCUGGCUACAAAGCCAACAAUGGAUUCAGAGAUCAGAAGGUUGCGAUCUUAUGGGUCCGAAAGCAUAUCCAGGACUUUGGCGGGGAUCCUGAGAAUAUCACGCUUGCUGGCAUGAGCGCUGGAGGAGCCUCCGUGGUUCAGCACAUUCACUCAGAGCAGCCUCUUUUCAAACGCGCAAUUGCCAUGAGUGGCACAAACCUCCUGAUGAUUCCAUUUCCCCUGAGUGUCCAUGAGCAAGGUUACGAGGAUGCCAUGAAAGCGUGGGGUCUGGCAGACGCAACGCCCGAAGAACGUAUCAAAGCUCUUCUCGAGAGACCAGCCCAGGAUCUAAUUUCGAAGCUCCCUCCUACCGUAUCCAUCGGGUUUGCAGUAGACGGCGAUCUGAUUCCCACCAUGCCCACGUUCGAAGAAAUUGGAGAUAAAGGCAAAAGUUACCCGAAAGGAAAGACUUGGUGCAAGGAACUGCUUAUUGGCAAUGCUCAGAUUGAUAUCAGUGUUUUUGCAUACCUCAACCCGCAGUUGAAGAAUAACGCUGCGAGACGAUUUAUCGAUGCUGUCAAUCAAGCUCUUCCCGAUCACCCCACAGAGGUGCGCGAGCUUCUUCAGAAAUAUGGAAUCGCAGAAGGCGCCUCCGAUGAGGAGGCAUUUACAGGCGUUCUCGACUUCCUUAACGACGUCGUCUUUUUCGCACCGGUCUUGACAUACGUGAAAGGCUGGCCUGGAAACGCCUAUGUCUACUACUUCAACGAGGAGAACCCCUGGGAUGGACCGUGGAAAGGUCGAUCCAGCCACAUUCUGGACCUGGCGUACCUCUUCCAGAACUAUAACGAGUUCCUGACUCCCGACCAGCAAGCGGUCGCUACGGCUUUCGCGGAAGAUUUCUUCAAGUUCUGUCACGGCGUGGCGCCGUGGUCUCCUGUACAGGGCGGGGAUAUCGAAUCUGGCUUCACAGCCCGUGUCUACGGACCCAGCAGAGAGAAGCGAGUGACCAGCGUUGUCUCCCAGCCCUACGGGGGUGAGACACAGAGGAGACGCACUCUCUUCGACUAUGUGGACAAGGUGCCGCUAGACAACCUUUCCAAGGUGUUUGGUAUUUUCAAAUCCAGUAGUUAG